AUGGCCGACGUGCAGGAAAUCCUGAAGAAGAAGUUCGGCGGUGCAGCGCCUUCGCGAACUGGUGGCAAGGGAACCCCGCGACACAAGCAAAAGCGAACGGUCGCGCGAAGCGCCAACGACGACAAGAAGCUCCAGACUACCCUCAAGAAGCUCAACGUCCAGCCCAUCCAGGCCAUUGAGGAGGUCAACAUGUUUAAGAGCGACGGCAACGUCAUCCACUUCUCCGCUCCCAAGGUCCACGCCGCCGUCCCCUCCAACACCUUCGCUAUCUACGGAGCCGGCGAAGACAAGGAGCUUACGGAGCUCGUGCCCGGUAUUCUGAACCAGCUGGGCCCCGACUCUCUGGCAUCGCUCCGCAAGCUUGCCGAGAGCUACCAGAACAUGUCCAAGAAGGAGGAGGCUGACGACGAGGAUAUCCCCGACUUGGUCGCCGGUGAGAACUUUGAGAGCAAGGUCGAAUAA